AUGCCCGCGGAAAUCAGGGAUAUCAACGAAAAUAAACUGAUAGAUGAAGAUUUCAUAGCCGCUGGAAAUUUAUUAACAUGGCUGAAAUGGUUUUGCACAAUUGGAGGACUCUGGCCGCUCGAAAAAACAUACAUUCGUGCUGGUGUUUGGACAGUGUAUCUAACAUUGCAUUUGGUGAUGGAGUAUGUCGAGCUUUUUGCAGCUUUCGGAAAUUUUAACGCCACGGUGUUCAGUGUGGUUGAAGUGAGCAUGCAAACGAUGGUGUAUGCUAAGCUGAUUGUCUUCCGGCAUAGUGCAAUGCUACGAAGGCUGAUAGAUGCAACGAAGGAUGAGUUAGCCGAGAAUCUAUAUGAAAACUAUGAGGAGAAAAAGUUGUAUCUGAAGUACAAUUCUCUGUCGAAAUUGUAUUACAAAGUUUCGGUUCCAUAUGUCAUGACUGCAGCAUGUGUGUAUUAUCUGAGACCUGUCGUCACUUCCCUGCUCAUCGGCAAUUUUGGAACCAAUGACUCCAUGGUACUUCCCUUUCACAUAACAUUACCAUACACCAUCGUAGAUACACGCGUGUAUUGGAUGACAUACGCCUAUCUGUCACCCAUGAUAUAUUUAUUGGCCUGUCAUAAUGGCUGGAUAUGCGUUCUCAUCACCGUUCAACUUCACAUCUGUGGGCAGUUGACGAUCGUGGAGCAUAGGAUAAGGAACAUCGUGCAUGUGACUGAUCACGAUGCCAGCCAUGCAAUUUUUAAAUCUUUGGUUGACCGACAUACCAAGUCAAUUUGGAUGGCUAAAAGCUUCGAUGACAGUUUUCAUUUCAUCCUCCUAGUGGACCUCAUUGUAAUGACCCUCCUAUUAGGAUUAACGUCUUACGUUAUCAUAAUCGGGCAAGGAGUGUCGGAAAGUUCGACCGGUCCUGUAUUCGGAAUCGCCGGAACUGCAACUCUCCUUCUGAUCUACGGCUACUGUAUCGUAGGAGAAUCUCUCAUUUCCGAGAGCAGCAAAGUACAUGCCGCGUACUACGAAUGCAUGUGGUACGAAUCAUCAGCCGACUUCAAGAAAGCUGUCAUGAUUUGCAUGCUGUCGUCGCAAGAACCACUUCGCAUGACAGCUGGAAAAUUUUUCGUUUUCUCGUUAACGAGUUUUACAGAUAUCCUCAAAACUGCAAUGGGAUACGUCUCCCUGCUGAGGAAAGUUUCACAAUGA